AGACAGACGUCUGUACUCUGUACCAAAUGGGUACAAUAUGAAAACAGAGAAGAGUGGAAAUUAAUGCAAACAGCUCUGUGGUCUCUUUAUUUCCUGUUUCCGGAGUCAGUUUAAACUUUACACACAUGUAGAAAUGUAAGCUCGGGGGCCAGGUGCGUACCCGGUGUGUGUAAACUAUGUAGACGUUGUAUUUUCCCAAUCCGUAUAUCUUCUCAGUGUUUGUGUGACGAAACGAAGAACUAAUUCAAGGUAUUAUCCUGCUUAAUUUUUGGGAUGUGGAUACAUAUUGGACGUGACAAUAUGCAUCAAAAAAGGGUUAAGAGAGACACCUUCUGACCAAAAAGGACAAUUACAGGAGAGAUUUAUUGGAAAUACCAAGAUCCAAUAAUGUGGUGGGAAUGACAUGAUUGACACCCUUGAUAAAGAUGAGUAAUAAUGACUGUAUAAAAUCAAUUAUUCAAAUACUGAGCUAUAUUAUAUGCUCAAUUUCCUUUGGAAAUGAUUUUAUACUAAUACAAUUGCUCAGAGAAAGAAAUGUUGUUUAACAAUUUAUUUUUAAAUCUCAGAGGUCGGCGUUAAAGACAUGCUAAGACAUGCUAAGACAUGCUAACGGUAAUGGUGAACGGUUAGCAUGUCUUGGGGGUAUGAUCUUUGGCCCUCUGUAACUUUCUCACUCAUCAUUAUUCCCGAUCAAUUCAGGAUUAUUCGUAAUCAUGGUAGCAUCCACAUUAAUGUUGAAGUGUUUAAAAACAUAUAUUCUUAUUUAGAAUCAAAUGUACCUCAACAUGACACAAUACAUUAUUUAACAUAAAUUUAUAUUUGGCACAAAAAAAUAAACACAACCUAAACGAACUGCAAGUGCAUCCAACAAGUUUGUAGAGUCAUUGCAUUAUAGGAAUAUGGGACCAAAUACUAAACUUUUGACUACUUUAUUUACAGAACAGAAAUAUAAACGCAACAUGCAAUAAUUUCAAAGAUUUUACUGAGUUACAGUUCAUAUAAGGAAAUAAAUAAAUUGAAAUAAAUCAAUUAGGCACUAAUCUAUGGAUUUCACAUGACUGGGCAGGGGUGUUGCCAUGGGUGGACCUGGGAAGGCAUAGGCCCAUCCACUUGGGAGCCAGGCCCACCCAAUGUGGAGCAAGGCCCAUCCACUUGGGAGCCAGGCCCGCCCACUGUGGAGCCAGGCCCGCCCCCUGUGGAGCCAGGCCCGCCCCCUGUGGAGCAAGGCCCGCCCACUGUGGAGCAAGGCCCACCCACUGUGGAGCAAGGCCUAGCCACUGUGGAGCAAGGCCCACCCACUGUGGAGCAAGGCCUAGCCACUGUGGAGCAAGGCCCACCCACUGUGGAGCAAGGCCCACCCACUGUGGAGCAAGGCCCACCCCCUGUGGAGCAAGGCCUAGCCACUGUGGAGCAAGGCCCACCCCCUGUGGAGCAAGGCCCACCCACUGUUGUGCAAGGCCCACCCCCUGUGGAACAAGGACUAGCCAAUCAGACUGAGUUUUCCCCCACAAAAAGGCUUUAUUACAGCACCCCCUUCCCUGUCCGAUGAUCCCGCAGGAUGUGGAGGUCCUGGGCUGGCGUGCUGACACGUGCACGGUCUGCGGUUGUGAGGCCGGUUGGACGUAUUGCCAUAUUCUUUAAAACAACGUAUGGUAGAGCAAUGACCUUUCAAUUCUCUGGCAACAGCUCUGGUGGACAUUCCUGCAGUCAACGUGCAUAUUGCACGUUCCCUCAAAACUUGAGACAUCUGUGGCAUUGUGUUGUGUGACAAAACUGCACAUUUUAGAGUGGCCUUUUAUUGUCCCCAGCACAAGGUGCACCUGUGUAAUGACCACGCUGUUUAAUCAGCUUAUUGAUAUACCACACCUGUCAGCUUGAUAUAUUAUCUUGGCUAAGGAGAAAUGCUCAGGGAUGUAAACACAAAAAUUGAGAAAAAUAAGCUUUUUGUGCCUAUGGAACGUUUCUGCAAUAGAUCACGUGGUGAAGAUUCAUGCGUCGUUUCCAUGGAGUUGUUUUUACACGCUUUUUGUUGAUUGGUCAAAGGAAAUAUGGCCGCAGAAUAAACAUUCACAACGAUUGGAUUUUGGUGUUUGUUGUUUAACCAAUGGAAAUAGGUGCUUUGUACAAACUGACGCAUGUCCAGGAAGUUUGAGGUUUGUUUGGGGGUGAAAACAGCAAAGUCUGGGAUAUUCUUAAUAUUUUCUUCGAAAUUUACAGAAUACAUUUUUGGAAGCAAGCAAACAUUUUGAAGUUUGCAUGUGAGUAAAGUAAGAUUUGAUAUAUUGUCAUAUCAUGAAUCAAGUAACGUUAGCAAGCUAGUAGUACCGUUUAAAUUGUUCAACGUUUUGUGGUGUUUUUUAAGGAAUUAGCUAGAAGAUUGCAAUGUGUUCUUUGCUGUAUUCAAGUGAAAUGAAGUUAACCAACUACAGCAAAGCAAUUGAGCACUGCGUCAAUGUUGUUGCUGUUUUUGUCCCUAAAAGGCGUAGCUAUCUAUGCGCUCUUGCCAACUGUUAGCCAGCAUGCUGAAUUAUGUUUACAAACAUUUGGUUCAGGUUUGUUAUUUACAGAACAUUGUUGAACCCCUGACUGAGCCAACAUGGAUUCCUCUCCAGUACUGCGUCAGCAAUGUCAGAACACACUCCUGAACGACCAUUCAAGUGACUGUCCCUCUCCAGUCUCAACAGAAUAACAGCAGACACAAAGCCAGGCUCUAAACACCCCUCUGUACCCCAUCCUUCCAAACCGGGGCCUGAGAACAAGGACCCAGCAGCAGCCUCAGACAACGGUCCUAAACUCAUGAUAAGAUCACUGGGCAUCAGCAGACUCCCAGUGCUGGCCAAGUCCCUGCCCCUUAAGACUCCCUCUGACUUCACGCGGUCACACAAGAGAUGGGAGGACAACUCUCUAGCGGGUAAAGCCAUGAGGAUGAAACCAAGCACCAAGCCUGUGCCUUUCAACUUCUCUAAUCUCAAGGACAACCGAAUGGGGGCACAGAACCAGAGGGGACCGCUGACUGCUACUGCAAGGGCUGGUGCUCAACCAACCCAACCUAAAAGUACUUUUAGCACUGCUGCCCAUCUAAAAACAACACUCACAACAACCACUGCCCAACUGCCCAGUCGCAUCCCAGCAACUCAUAACAAGGCCCAAUCAAAGUCAACAAUAGAGCUGGCUGCUCAACUAAAAACAAGACGCACAACAACCACUGCCCAACUGCCCAGUCGCAUCCCAGCAACUCAUAACAAGGCCCAAUCAAAGUCAACAAUAGAGCUUGCUGCUCAACUCCCAACAAUUGCACUACACUUGGCAGCUAGAAAAGCAGGCUCAGGGCCUGGGGGCAUCUUGUCACAGCAAAAUAGAGAGUCGGGGAAGCCUCAUCAGACCCAGGCUCCCAGUGCUGCCACCUCCAUGUCUUUGUCUCAACAUCCAAAACAGUCUUCUUCAGAUAAUCUAUUGCACGUACCUGGAUUGGGACAACAUUCCAGACCUCCCAGUUCAUUUGCUCUCGGCUCAGGUCUUUCGUCCAGUGCUUUCUCAUUUAGUAGUGCCUCCACUGCCUCAGCCCAGCCCACUGCCCUCAGUACGGAAGCCUGUGGUGGCCAUUUUGACAUGCUCAGCCUGAAAGAUCCUUCCAUGCCUGGGCAGUUACCAAGUAGUAGCACUGGGAGUGUGGAGGCUGCCUUCCACUCUGACCCUUCUGCCCUAUGUAGUAUCCUCCAGAAUGAGGGAAUCAGUGCAGCCAGGGUUUUUAUGUCCAGCCGUCCCUCUACACAAGCCUAUAACAACAUGCCCCAGAGAGUGUCCAUCAUGAAUAAUGGUCUGAGGACAGUGCCCUCUGCUGGUCCUGUCAGGAAUGUAAACUUGUCUCCGGCCCUGGGCAACAUCCUGCAAACUGAAGGGGUCAGCUCCCCUCUGGCGAGGGUAUCUGUCAUGAAGAGUCACCAGACGACAGCAGCUUCUGCAGGUCCCGUAAGGUCUGUUCAGUUCUCCCCUGAGCCUUCAUCCUCCAACAGCAUCCUGCAGAAUGAAGGGGUCAGCUACUCUCUCCAGCCCCAAAGAGUGUCUGUCAUGAAGAGUCACAAGAAGUCUGCAGGUUCAGUACGGCGUGUUCAGUUCUUCCCAGAUGCUGCAGCCCUCGGCAGCAUCCUGCAGAAUGAAGAGGUGAAGGCUGGGAGACCCCUGGAAGCCACACCCCAGCGCACCGCUGUCUGUCCAUCUGGCAGGGGCACCUCCAUCUACACUGCACAGCGAGUACCCAUCACAAAGUGGCACACUGAAGCUCCUGGAGAACCUAUGGUCAGCUUGACCCCAGCCUUAAAGUGGACACCCCAGCGGGUCCCUGACACAAGGCAUCAGCCCAUGUCCAUGAGGAGGCUCCUGUCUGCCCAUUGGACCCCCUACGCAGGCUCUCCCAGACUCGGGGGCCUCCAGGGCCACAGCGGAGAUCUGGAGACAUGCAAGGAGGAGGUUGUCCAGACAUUGUUUAAGGAGACUGAGGAGGAAGAACAGACAGACGGUGUGGUGUUGGAUGAAGACCCUGCUGAGACGCGAGCAGACCAACAGCUGGCGAAGGAGGAGAAGCAAAGUAACACAGGAGGACGACUCCAGACUUUCUUCCAAGCCCCACACAGAGAAUCAGUCAUUUUCUUCUCAACUGGCAAGAAGCGGCACAGAGCAGCUCCAGCACAUGAACAGGAGAGACCUGUGGCCGGAUUUCUGGAGCGAGGUGGGCCCAUGGAGCAUUGUGCUGCAGGAGGACAGGAGUCGAUGCACCUCCUCCCUCUGCAUCCAGAGUUAGACAGAGCCUCUGCACCAGAGAUCCCGGAAGACACAGCUGCAGCCACAGAUCUGACCAGGUUGACCAACCUCGCAGCUUUUGUCCCCCUGUGCCAGCCCAGAGUUGCAGGUAGUAUUAUGUUCCCAAAGAGCGGUGCUCUGACAUCUGCUACAGCCCUGCUCCGCUGGCGCCUCCCCCCUCUGAAGGAGCUACGUCUGGAUGAGGAGGUGGCCACAUACACCACCUCCCCAGCCCUACCUCCCUCGUCAUCCUGGCCCCUGCAGACCCGCUGUGGAAACCCUGUAGCAGAUGCCCUGCAUCUCCAGGACUACACUUGUUUUCGGCCAAUUAUCUUGGACCCCUCAUCUACUUCCUACUCCUCUCCUCUCUGGGAGAGAUGACUCAUCACUGUUUUAUUUUUUUAGUCUGUUCUAGUUUACUGAUAAGAAGAGGCCCAUAAGGGAUUGUUAAGCUACAUAUUUAAGGAGUGUGUAUGUAUGUUUGUUUUCCGAACCCUGUUAUAGCCAGAUUUGCUGUCACACUUACAAAAUAUCUAUUACUGCUCCAAGUAGCUACUUUUCCAAAACGUAACAUACCCAUGUUCAAUAAUGUAUCAAGUUAGAAACAUUUUUACCACAUUGGCAUGCACUGGCUAUAUAAUGCUAAUAAUAAUUUUGAUUUCUGACAGUAUUACAGUAUGCAAAAUAUCCAAGAAUGAGACAUUUUUACAUUUUGAUUGGAAUCAGAAACUAAGUGAAUGAAUUGAUGUCCAGAAAUCAAAUGUUGGUGGGUACCAAUGAUUGAAAUCUAUGAUUUUGGAGUAGGCUACUGAACCCAUCGGGAAUUGUUACCUUGAUCAAUGUUGCAAUAAAAUGUCUUUUUUACAGCUUUCAAAAAUACGAAAGUCAAAUUUUCAUUGGCACUUUUUAGAAAAACAUGUGUAUUAUGUUUGCAUUUUAUCAUUGUGUGUGUGGAUAGUGACAUAGUUCAACACUAACUAAAUGAGGCCCAAAUCAGAUUGUCUAGAUUUGUUUAUAAUAAAUGCAUAUGAACUUUCUUUA